CGACUUCACACUCCCUCAUUUCCUUCCGCCCUUUCGUUUCCCUCGAAAAGUCGGCAUUCGAUAUUACGUCCUGGCGAGGUCGUCUCUCUUUCAACUUCGAAAUAUUGCCAUCGUUAAGCGACUGAUAACCUCAACACCGCCAACAUGGGUAUUCCCGCUGCCUUUCGUUGGCUCUCCAACAAGUACCCGAAAAUUAUAUCCCCCGUCGCAGAGGACCGGCCGAUUGAGAUGGACGAUGGCUCAGUUAUUCCUGUCGACACUACUCGGCCCAAUCCAAAUGGCGAGGAAUUCGAUAAUCUCUAUCUCGACAUGAAUGGUAUCGUGCAUCCGUGUUCGCAUCCCGAGGACAAGCCCGCUCCAAAAGACGAGGAAGAGAUGAUGUUGGAAAUCUUUAAGUAUACCGACCGCGUAGUCAACAUGGUUCGCCCAAGGAAGUUGCUCAUGAUUGCCAUUGACGGCGUCGCCCCUCGUGCUAAGAUGAACCAGCAGCGGUCCCGACGGUUUCGUUCUGCUCAGGAAGCUAAGGAAAAGCAAGCUGGUAAGGAGGAGCUAUUGAAGAUGAUCAAGAAACAAAACGGUGGCACGUUACCACCCGAAACACUUGAGGAAGUAACCAAGAAAGCUUUCGAUUCCAACGCCAUUACACCUGGCACACCCUUCAUGGAUAUACUUGCGAUGUGCUUAAGAUAUUGGUGUGCAUAUAAGCUUAACACUGACCCCGGCUGGUCAAAUAUGAAAGUCAUCAUUUCCGACGCUACGGUGCCCGGUGAGGGCGAGCAUAAGAUUAUGAACUUCAUUCGCGCACAGAGAACAUCUCCUGACCACGAUCCUAAUACGAGGCAUGUCAUCUAUGGAUUAGAUGCUGAUUUGAUCAUGUUGGGACUCGCUACCCAUGAGCCUCACUUCCGUGUCCUUCGGGAAGACGUCUUCUUCCAGGAGGGUAAGACAAGAGCCUGCAAACUCUGCGGACAGAAAGGCCACGAUGCGCAGAAUUGCCGUGGCGCGGCCAAGGAUAAAGAUGGCGAAUUCGAUGAAAAGGACAAGGCUUCUCCGCUAAAACCUUUCAUCUGGCUCCAUGUUUCGGUGUUGAGAGAGUAUCUAGCCGUCGAACUUGACGUGCCUGGACUGCCAUUUCGUUUUGAUUUAGAACGCGCCAUUGAUGAUUGGGUUUUCAUGUGCUCCUUUGUUGGCAACGAUUUCCUUCCCCAUCUUCCCGCUCUUGAAAUUCGCGAGAACGGUAUUGAUACAUUGACUGCUAUUUGGAGAGAUAAUCUACCGGUCAUGGGUGGUUUCCUUACCAAGGAUGGUCAUGUCAAUCUCGAGAGGGCUCAGUACAUUCUUAAUGGCCUCGCAAAAAAGGAAGACGCUAUUUUCAAAAGGCGAAAGGAGACCGAAGAUCGAAGAGAAGCUAGCUUCAAAAGGCGUAAGCUACAAGACCAAAGGAAUGGACGUAAUGGCCGUGGCAAUAAUGAUGCUGCUGAUAACGGCCUUCCUGCCGGUCUUCCUAAGGCUCUCACACAUGACAUGAUUGUCAAUCGAGGUGCUACGCAGGACGCUAACGAAGCUAACAAAAGCGCCGCGGCAGUGCUGAAGAGUCGCAUCCAGGCGCUUCAGGCAGGGGCAGCUAAUGGCGACGCAGAAAAGAACAGCACGGAAUCCCAGGAGCCACCUUCCGCUCUCGGUAAACGUAAAGCAUCCAUGAUGGAAGAGGAUGCCGCAAGUACUCCCGGAAGUAUUUCGACCGCGGGUGACGAGCCAGAAGAUUCAGUUCGGCUAUGGGAAGAGGGUUAUGCUGACAGAUAUUACGAGCAAAAGUUCCAUGUCGAUCCAAAGGACAUCGAGUUCAGACACAAAGUUGCCCGGGCUUACGUCGAAGGGCUCGCCUGGGUCUUGAGGUACUAUUUCCAAGGAUGUCCGUCAUGGGAAUGGUUCUACCCUUAUCAUUAUGCGCCGUUCGCGCAAGAUUUCGUGGACAUCGGUAAAAUAGAAAUCAGCUUUGAGAAGGGCAGAGUUGCUAAGCCUUUUGAACAACUCAUGAGCGUCCAGCCUGCCGCAUCCCGUCACGUGCUUCCAGAGAUUUUCCACGACCUGAUGACCAACGAAGAAAGUCCAAUCAUCGACUUUUACCCCGAAGAUUUCCAGAUAGAUCUUAACGGAAAGAAGAUGGCUUGGCAGGGCGUAGCACUUCUACCAUUCAUAGAGAUGCCUCGACUGCUAGCUGCUGUGGAGGAGAAAUACCCUCUGCUAAGUAGCGAAGAUGCUGCUCGCAACAGCGCCGGUAAGGAUGUCCUCCUUCUAUCUGAGGCCAACCAAGAUUUGUACGACGACAUAAUUACACAUUUCUACUCCAAGAAACAAGGUGAUUCUACAUAUAAGCUUGACCCACGCCUGAGUCAAGGUUUAUCUGGGAAGAUCGAAAAGGUUCCAGAGUAUCUACCCCAUGGUAGUUUGGAAUAUCCGUUAGAGAGGAACGCUCUGCCUAACGUGGACGAUGAUCGAUCACUAACGGUCUAUUAUGAAGCAUCCGGAGACGCACACGGUCACAAAUCUAUGCUUCUAAGGGGUGCCCAGAUGCCGACACCUGCUCUCGAUCGCAACGAUAUAGAGGAUCUGAAGAGCAAGAUGCGAAAUUCUGGUCGAAGUCACGGAGGCGUACCUCUUGGGCGCGGUAACUACGGUGGAGGUAGAGGCAGGGGAGGGGAUAGGAUCAACUACGGACCAGAUUCUCGACGAGAUAGGUCUGACCGACCACCCUCGUAUCAGAACGGCUAUGGCAACAACUCGUAUUCCGUUCCUCCUCCUGUUCCACCUCCUGGCUGGGUCCCGCCACCUCCCGGAUUCCCUGGCUUCGGAAAUGGAUUCCCGCCCCCACCGCCUCCGGCAUAUCUCGGCGGCGGUGGUCGUGACGGCUAUGGUAACGGAUACGGUGGUCAACAGGGGGGUCAACAUAGAGGAAACUAUGGAGGGAACUAUAGAGGAAACCAAGGAUACGGAGGAGGAUAUCCUCCCCCGCCUCCUCAAAACGGCUAUGGCAACCAGUAUGACAGGCCACCUCAUGGACGCGACAACCGCGAUCGUCGAUCAAAUGAUGGGCGUGGCGGAUAUCGAGGUAAUGGUGGUUAUGGUCGCGGAUAUAGAGGAUAAGGUGGAAUUGCAUUGUAGUGGUAAAUUUAGGCAAUGGAACCUUCAACUAGAGCAAUGACACACCUGCAAUCGAGACUGGCCGAACCACAUUUUGCUCUGAUCAUAAUUAUACUAUCUAGUCUUUCUAGUCCAGGUGAUGUCGAGAGAUGACUGGUCACCUAAAGAUGGAUAUUCUCUUGGAGAUAUUGGAUCUUUUAUUUCCCGAUUCGUCUCUACCUGCUUGCGUAAUGGUUUGCCUGUGUCCGUGUACAUUUUCUUUUCGUACUACACAAUCCUACCAAUUCGUCUUGUUGUGCGUUUUCUCAAUGGUAGUAGCUCAAUACGAGGCGUUACAUCUGGAAAUUCUAGAAUUUGUUUAGAACUUAUAUAUCGACAUUAUACCGAGGAUUAUAUGCGAGACAGCGACCCAGGAAUGUAAAAAGCCUUGGAAGCAAACAUUCAAAAAGGACAGAGAGGGUCGGGCCGUGGUGGAUGUCUAGUGUGGGCACUGGGCA